AUGACUUUCGGAGGGAAUGAAAUUAAUGACAUAACCUUCUCGGCGACCAAGAAAAUAAAGAUAUUAGUGACCCACAACAAGAGACUCCGGGAAGUCACAGAAGAUGACAUCACCUUCACGGAGGAAGACGCCGACAGUCUUCUUCUGCCACAUAAUGACACCUUGGUAACUUCUCUCAAUGUCUCAGAUUUCAAGAUUAAGCAUGUUUUGGAUGACCCAAGAAGCUCAGCCAAAAUCAUUCAAUGGAGAGUGCUUGAACAAGCAAAGUUAACCGGAAGCAUCAUUCCGACAACGAAGCUUCUCGUUAGGUUCAACUUGGCAAGUGUGACAACCCGAGGAGAGAUACUGCUACCCACGAACACCGAAAGGUAUCCCCUUAGAGGUCACCGUUCACAAGCUAAGCCUGGAUCCAAACUUCCCACUGGUAAGGUAAAAGAAACGUCUACUAGCCGAGGUCAGAAACAGACUCUCCCAUUGCCAAACAUUGAUCAAAUGAUUGAUGCAACGGCCGGACACGAGUUAAUAAGUUUCCUUGACUCCUACUCUGGGUACAAUCAAAUUAAGAUGAACCUGAAGGAUCGGGAAAAAACUUCAUUCAUAAUGAACUUUGGCACCUAUUGUUAUAAUAUGAUGCCAUUUGGGCUUAAAAACGCCGAAGCCACUUAUCAGAGACUUGUGAACAAGAUGUUCGAGAAUCAAAUAGGCAAAAUAAUGGAAGCAUAUAUCGAUGACAUGUUAGUCAAGUCAUUAAAUGUAGAAGAUCACUUGAAACACCUCCAAGAAAAUUUCGAUAUCUUGAGAAAGUGUACCAUGAAACUCGACUCGAAAAAGUGUGCGUUCGGGGUUGGUUCCGAAAAAUUCUUGGGGUUUCUGGUCUCGCAAAGAGAGAUCGAGGUAAAUCCUGACAAAAUCAAAGCUAUCGAGGACAUUCCGGAUCAAUUAACAAAUGUAAAGGAGGUACAAAGAUUAACCGGAGGUUAA